GAACUUCGAGAGAUCUUUUGAAAUUCCCCAAUUAAUUUAAUAUCGUAGCGUCAGUUCUUGUUGUUGGCGUCUUCGAACCACUUGGCAGAGCCAAACAAUUUUGCAAACAAUUUUAAUCUCAAACAUUCGCGCUCUCUAUUUUUCGUUGUUCGUGUGUGUUCGUGUGUGCUGCGCCGCAAAAGCAACUUAAUUAAAUAAAUUAAAUAUUCAAGUGAUCAAUUAAUACAAAAAAGGCCAAAAAUAUGUUGGAUGUUCCCCAUGAAGCCAAGGUGCGCGGCCACCAGCGAGCUCCCUCCGAUUCAAAGGAGUUCCAUGAGGUGACCAAGCGGGAUGCCCUGCGUUUGCUGGAGAACGAUGUGGACCGUCUGCUGCAGACCACGGAGCCGGCACGUCAGCCGGCGCUCAGGGCGGAGUUGGGACGCUUUGCGGACCUCUUUGGACGCUUCUUGCAGGAGGAGGGUCCCGCAUUGGAUUGGAACAAAAUCCAGAAACUGCCCGAGAAUGCCGUGAUGAACUACUCGAAUCUCAAGUUGCCCAAGAAUGAGCAGAAUGAGAUCCGCAACAUGCUGGACAAGUUGGUGGUCAUCAAGCUGAACGGUGGUCUGGGUACCUCGAUGGGUUGCCAUGGUCCCAAGAGCGUUAUACCCGUGAGAUCGGAUCUGACCUUCCUCGAUUUGACGGUGCAGCAGAUUGAGAAUUUGAACAAGACUUACGAUGCCAAUGUGCCGCUGGUCCUGAUGAACUCCUUCAACACCGAUGAGGACACCGAGAAGAUUGUGCGCAAGUACAAGGGCUUCAGGGUGCAGAUCCACACCUUCAACCAGAGCUGCUUCCCGCGCAUCAGUCGCGAACACUUUUUGCCGGUGGCCAAGGACGUUGAUGUCGAGAAGGAUAUGGAGGCUUGGUAUCCCCCUGGUCACGGUGACUUCUACGACACCUUCCGCAACUCUGGCCUGCUGAAGAAGUUCAUCGAGGAGGGACGAGAGUAUUGCUUCUUGUCCAACAUUGAUAACCUGGGCGCCACCGUUGAUCUGAAUAUACUUAACAAGCUGGUGGGCGAGGAGCGGGCCACCACUCCCGUGGAGUUUGUCAUGGAGGUCACUGAUAAGACCCGUGCUGACGUUAAGGGUGGUACCCUCAUCCAAAUGGAGAACAAACUGCGACUGCUGGAAAUCGCCCAGGUGCCGCCAGAGCACGUGGAUGACUUCAAGUCCGUCAAGACCUUCAAGUUCUUCAACACCAACAAUAUCUGGGCCAAUCUGGCAGCCAUUGAUCGCGUUUUGCGUGAGAAGACCUUGAACAUGGAGAUCAUUGUGAAUAACAAAACGCUGGAGAACGGAACCCGUGUCGUUCAGCUGGAGACUGCUGUGGGUGCGGCUAUGAAGUGCUUUGAUGGCGCCAUCGGCAUCAAUGUGCCCCGUUCCCGUUUCUUGCCCGUGAAGAAGUCUUCGGAUUUGCUGCUGGUCAUGUCCAAUCUGUAUACUUUGAAGAACGGCAGCCUGGUGAUGUCGCCGCAGCGCAUGUUCCCCACCACGCCACUGGUUAAGCUGGGCGAGAAUCACUUCUCCAAGGUGAAGGAGUUCCUGGGACGCUUUGCCAACAUCCCGGACAUAAUUGAGCUGGAUCACUUGACUGUGAGCGGUGAUGUGACCUUCGGACGUGGCGUUUCCCUACGCGGCACUGUGAUUAUCAUUGCCAAUCAUGGCGAUCGUAUUGAUAUACCCGCCGGUGCCAUUCUAGAGAACAAGAUCGUGUCCGGCAAUAUGCGCAUCUUGGAUCACUAAUCCUGAGUCCUUUUUAACUGCAGGAUUGUCUCACUAACCGUAGCCUAAUUUUCUAAGUUUUAUGUAGUCGCGUUCCAAAAUUUCCAAAUUACGAAUUUCGUUUAGCCAAUUGUUGUAAGCACAAAGUGUGUCUGUAGUCUGUAUAUAUCGUUAAGUUGAAAUCAAACCACGUACAUCGCAAUCUGUUUUUCAAAAAUAUAUUAGCAGUAGUCAUCGUUCGAUUGAGAUAUCAAAAAAGAGAGCAACAAGUUGUUAAAACUCAAUAAAGGCAUGUUUAUUUCUAUAAA